UCCCUUUCUUUGACGAGUCCGCAUCCGACCAAGCCCAUAUACGAACCGGGACUUCCCCUGGAUUUUCUUCCAUUGGUGGCGGGUCUCUUACAGCGGUGUCGGGCCUUGCGGCAGUGUAAAUAGCGGCAGUGAACUCAAAACACGAUCGCAAGAUACGCCGAGCGGCCCCGUCGAGGCCGCAACUCCUUCCCUUUCCUUUCUCCCCUCCUCUGUUGCCGUCCGCCGUCUCUCCGGCGAGGUGAUGGGAAGCGCCGCCGGAGGUGAGCGGCCACCCACCACCCGCAUCCUUAGCAUCCCCAAGGAAGGGGAGCGGAUCCUCGCGCCCACGCGGCGGCCCGACGGCACCCUCCGGAAGCCCAUCCGUAUCCGGGCCGGCUACGUCCCCCAGGACGAAGUCGCCAUCUACCAGUCCAAGGGCGCCCUCUUGAGGAAAGGACUUCAGCCCGAUGUUCCACCUGGCUACGAUCCGGCGCUGGAUGCGAAACCCAAGACCAAGUCGGCGAAGAGGAACGAGAGGAAGAAGGAGAAGCGGCAUCAGGCUGCACUUGCUUCAUCAACUGAGAAGGGCAAGAACUUGGAUUCAGAGCAAGCCGGGAUGGUAAAGUCUGAAGAGAUGCCUUCUGCUGAACUUGCUCCCCAGAGAUUGGAAUCUGUGGACUCGGUAACCGACCAGAUGGGUAGGAUCUCUGUUUCCACAACAUCAGUGGUGGUUAGGCCUUCCACUGAUUCAAAGGAAGGUCCAAAACCUGAAAAUUCUGGUCCUGAUAUAGAUAAAAGAAUUCGAGCACUGAAAAAGAAGAUUCGGCUGGCAGAAGCACAGUUACAGGGAAACCAACAAAAUAUGAAGUCUGAGCAGUUAGAGAAGAUGGAAAAAAUGGAAGGAUGGCGUGAAGAACUGAAACUUUUGGAGGACAGUAAGGCAAAUCUGGUUUCAUGAGUUGCACUAACUGGAUGAACAACUUGCCAAGAUCCUAAUUUCGACUGGCUGAGUGCCCUUUCAUGAAAUCCUGUGGGUUGUAUGCUCAUUUUAGUUGUGGGUGUUCUUAGCCAACACCAGUACCAGAUAAAUUGAUUUUGGGACCUGCGUCUAUAUGGUUGGUGUACUUAUUAUGUUAAAUGUGUGGGUGAAGUUUUGCACUGAAAAUAUUUAUCUUAAUUUGGUACUUACGCUCGCAAAGUUCAUGCUUGCA